AUAAACAUAAAAAAACUUUGAGAUAUGUCUCCGUCGAAAGCGGAAGAAGUAGUCCAACAUAUCCACCCAUUAACGAAAGUUGACGGGGUUGGAAGGUACAUAUGCGAUGGCUGUAAAACCGAAGGCUUUGGGAGGACCUACCGUUGCUCCUCUUGCAACUACGAUCUUCACGAGUACUGUGCCACGUGUCCGCCUACCCUCCUCAGCAUGUAUCAUGCACAGCACGAGCUCCGGUUAAUCCACGACAGACGUGGGUGCGACAUCUGCGACGAAACGACCGACGGGUUGUUUUACCAAUGCGAGCCUUGCGGCUUCGACGUCCAUCCUCUCUGCACCCAGCAGCCUCCGAAAGUGAGCCACAGUACAGAUCAAGGUGAGGUUCAAGAACUCAUUGAGGUUCAAGAACUCGGUGAGUUUCAAGAACUCGGUGAGGUUCAAGAACCCCGUGAGGUUCAAGAGCCCUGUGAGGUUCAAGAACCCGAUGAGGUUGAAGAACCCGGUGAGGUUGAAGAACCCGAUCCGGACAGACUAAGAAAAAGGGAUGUAAUGUAUAUAGGCGCUCGAGUUGCCUGGGCUUGUAUGACGGGGGAUGUCGCUGGGGUCAUAUCUGCCUUCCAGCUUUGAAAUGGCAUGUUUAUAACAUCCUGCCAUUAUUACACCUAUGUCCCUUAUUUCUCUAUCUUUUCUGAUCGCUUUCUUUUUCGUUUUAUGCAAUGUAAUUUUUGUUGUCAACUGUGUUUUAUAAACUAUAUUAAUUUUUUUUA